AUGGAUCGCAAAGAAGCCUGUAGCGGGUUGGCUACGGGGGAUGUAGGCAGCCAUUCAUGCCCGCUGGAUGUCAACGAAGCGAACAUGAUGCCGGUGCUGCCGAACCGUGCUCUAGAAGACGCCGCUAGAGGACUGGACAGGACCCGUGAACAGUCGUCGAUACCACGUGCGGAUACUGGAGAAAAGUGGACGUACCCCUCGCCCAUGCAGUUUUACAACGCUCUGGCGCUGAAGCGUAAGACGUCCCCCGACGAAGCGGCGUACAUGCGGGAAGCCGUGAUGGCGCACAACAAUGUCAACGAGAGGACCUGGGAGAAAGUCCUGGAGUGGGAGAAAAUGCAUUCCAGCACAUGCCCCAAUCCGCAGCUGCGUCGUUUCGUCGGCAAGUACGGCCACAACUCGCCGAGGUCGUUAAUGCAUCGCUACAUUUGGAGGAUGGGUGAGCCAUUCGACCGGCACGACUGGUUCGUCAACCGCUGCGGCCGAGAGGUGCGGUACAUCAUCGACUACUACGAUGACCCACGCGCGCAAGACGACGUACAGGUUUACAUUGACGCUCGUCCUGCGCUUGACAGUUUCGGCGCAAUAAUGGAUCGCAUCAAAGGGCUCUUCAGGCGCGCCUAG